AUGGAAGAAAAGAUAGGAGAAAGAAUUACUUCUGUGACCAUAGAGGAUGCAAACAAAAUCAAGUUUGCUCAAGUUCAUCGCCCUGAAAGAACAAAGACAAUUCAGACAAUUGAUACGAAUACUUCCCGCAGACCUUCUAUUAGCGCUCCUGCUCGUCCUCAAAAGAAAUCCAAAACAGAUAAAAAAAAUGUUGACAUUACAGAACACUUGUUAACACCAGAGGAAUGUGCUUCCAAGUAUAAUACCCAUAUAGAGCUCAAAAAAGCUGCUGAUUCAAAGGGUCUCACAAGUCAACAAGCAGCUAAUAUCUUGUCUGAGACUGGACCUAAUAUUCUUACACCACCUAAAAGAAGACAUCCUAUCUUGAAAUACCUUGACUGUGUUGUUAAGCUCUUCAAUUUGCUAUUGAUCCUUGCUGGUAUUCUAGACUAUAUCUUGCUGGGUAUCGACUUUGAAGCUAAUUUUGCUAAUACUUACCUCGGUGCUAUUUUGAUUGGUGUUUCUUUGAUCAACGCCUUUAUCGAAUUCUAUCAAGAACAAAAAUCACAAGCUUUACUUGACUCCUUUCUCAACAUGGUUCCUGCUAAAUGUAUGGUGAUUCGUGAUGGUCGAGUCGAACAAAUCGAUGCUUCCAACCUUGUUGUAGGCGAUGUCGUCCUUGUUCGUAUGGGUGACAAAGUACCAGCUGAUAUUUUUAUUUUCUCUGCCUCUGAUCUCAAAGUCGAUAACUCACCACUUACAGGUGAAUCCGAUCCUCAAUCACGUGGACCUACCAAUACACAAAAGAACGUAUUUGAAGCUGAGAAUAUCAUCUUCAGUGGCACCAUGGUUGUUUCUGGUGAAGGUUAUGGUAUUGUUGUCCGAUGUGGUGACUCAACUGUCUUGGGUCAAAUUGCUGGUUUAACUGCAGGUGAAGCAAAGGCUGCCUCUCCUCUCUCUCAAGAGAUUGCUAAGUUUGUGAAAAUCAUUGCUUCCAUUGCCCUUGUGACAGCUGCUGUUUUCUUUGGUAUUGGGUUCCCAGUCAACAACAACAAUGUCAGUCUUACCUUGAAUUUCGCUAUCAGUGUCUUUGUUGCUUGGGUUCCCGAAGGUCUUCCUGCCACUGUCACUAUCCUCUUGACCAUCUCUGCUAAACGUAUGGCUGCCAGAAACGUUCUUGUGAAAGAUCUUCAAGGUGUUGAAACACUUGGUGCGAUUACUCUAUUGGCUACUGAUAAAACUGGUACACUGACACGUAAUCAAAUGACGGUAACUUAUGUCUGGACCUGUCUCAAGACGCUCAAUGCCAUGGACAAACUUCGUCAACAAGAAAACCCUAUUAUUAAUGAACCUGGUGUUCGUGAAAUUGUUCACAUCUCUACCUUAAACUCACGCGCUAAAUUCGAUCGUGUGGAUGUGCCCGUGGCUCAAAGACAAGUCUUGGCAGAUGCAACUGAAGUCGGGCUUACUUAUUUCGCUGGUGAACACUUGGGCAAGCAAUACGACUUAUUGCCUGAAGAAUACCCUAAAGUGUUUGAAAUUCCCUUUAACUCAGAUAACAAGUGGGCUAUGACCAUCCAUCAAAAGGCUCAUCCUAAUGGUCCUUUGACGCUUUACUUGAAGGGUGCUCCUGAACGUGUCUUAAAUUUGUGUAGCCGUAUCUUACUUGAAGAUGGUUCUUCUGCUCCUUUGACUGAUGAUCAUCGUGUUGCUUUCCAGGAAACAUACUCUUAUAUGGCUGGACAAGGUCACCGUGUCUUGGCUUUUGCUCAAGACCUCUUAAAUGAAUCUGAAUACCCCGCUGAUUACGAAUUUGAUAAGACUAAGAAGAACUAUCCUAUGUCUGAUAUGACAUUUGUAGGUCUUGUCUCGCUUGAAGAUCCUCCUAAACAUGGUGUGCGUGAAGCUAUUGGUAAAUGUCGUACUGCCGGUAUCAAGGUGAUGAUGGUGACAGGUGAUCAUCCUUUAACUGCUGAAGCUAUUGGCCGCAAAAUUAACUUGAUGGUCGGUGAUACAAAAGCAAUGGCUGCUCAAAGACUUAAUAAGCCCGAAGAUCAAGUUGAAGAAUCUGAAUACAAUGCUAUUGUGAUUCACGGUGAUACUAUUGACGGCCUUUCGGAUGAUGACUGGGAUACAAUCUUCUCCAAAGACGAAAUCAUUUUUGCUCGUACUUCGCCUAAACAUAAACUCGAGAUUGUCAAGCGUGCUCAAUCCAUGCGCCACAUUGUCGGUGUUACAGGAGAUGGUGUCAAUGAUGCUCCUGCUUUGAAGAAAGCUGAUUUGGGUAUUGCCAUGAACAUUUCUGGCUCAGAUGUUUCUAAAGAUGCUGCUGCUAUGAUUUUGCUAGACGAUAACUUUGCUUCAAUUAUUCAUGGUAUUGAAGAAGGUCGUUUGAUCUUUAUCAACUUGAAAAAGUCGAUUCAGUACACUAUUACUCACUCAAUGCCCGAAGUCAUUCCCAACUUGCUUUAUAUUAUUGUGCCUCUUCCUCUUCCUUUGUCUGCUAUUCUUAUCUUGGUUAUUGAUCUUGGUUUUGAAUUGUUUGCUGCUUUGACUUUUGCUUGGGAUCCACCAGAAUCCCAAGAUGGUGUGAUGAAGAUGCCGCCCCGUAAGCCUGUCACACCUGAAUCCAUUGACCGCCAUCGUCGUACCUUGUAUCGUAGACAACGCUAUAUCGAAUAUGAUUCUGAAACAGGUGAAGAAGUCCGUCCUCCUUUCUAUCGACGUGCCUACAACUUCAUUCAUGAAAUCACAAGUGCUGGUUAUUGGAAAGAAAAGUUCGAAAAGACAGAUGAUGAAGUGCUUGUGGAUCUCCCUUUACUCUCAUGGGCUUAUUUGGAAAUAGGAAUUAUUGAAGCCAUCGGUAAUUUGACUUGCUAUUUUGUCGUGCUUUGGUACCAUGGUAUUACUCCCUAUGAUGCUCAUAUCAUGCAAAAGGGCGCCAAUGCUCCUACUUACUACUUUAACAAUGGUCCUCUUUAUGCUCAAGACUAUGUCACUGCUUCUGGUAAAGUGCUAAAUGCUGCUGCUCAAAAGGUGGCACUCGGCCAAGCUCAAUCAAUUGUUUACUGGAGUAUCAUGGUGAUGCAAAUGUUCAACAUGUUUGCCUGUAAGACGCGAUUCUCUUUACCUUUCGGUCGAUACAUGUUUGCCAACAAGUAUACAUUUGCUGGUAUCUUUGGUGGUGCUGCUUUGGGCACUUUAAUUGUCUAUUGUCCUCCUUUCAAUAUUCCCUUUGGUACUGAGUAUCAUUUAUUGCCUCUUUGGUGGCUAAUUGCAUUUGGUUUUGGCUUUGUCAUUCUUGCUUAUGCUAGUAUCCGUCUCAAGAUCAGACAAAAGCUGAACCCUAUUUCCUUCAACCCUGAAAUCCAUGGUUUACGCAUGUAUCCCACUAUCCGAACAGUAGCUACUACACAUGAUUCUGUCAACAAAAUGGUAUAA